CGCCUCGGCUCGAGAGAGCCGCGACACGCAGCUCCGGUCCAGAGAGAGAGGGGGGGGGCGCCCGAGAGCCCGCCAUGCGGCUCUUCGUCCGCGACCUCGCGGGGCGAUCCGCGCCCGUGGAGGCGAGCCCCGACGACGACGUCGCGAGCCUGCAGGGCCGGCUCGCGCUGCUGAGCGGGGUGCCCGUCGGCGAGCAGCGCGUGCUCUUCGGGGGGCGCUCCCUCUGCGGCUCGGCGACGCUGCGCGCCUGCGGCCUCGAGGACGACGACUCCACCGUCUUCCUGGGCCUCGACCUCUCGGGCGGCGGCAAGAAGCGCAAGAAGAAGACGUACACCAAGCCGAAGAAGAUCAAGCACAAGCGCAAGAAGGUCAAGCUCGCGGUGCUGAAGUUCUACAAGGUGGACUCCAGCGACAAGGUCUCGCGCCUGCGCCGCGAGUGCCCCCACGAGCUCUGCGGCCCAGGCGUGUUCAUGGCGAUGCACUUCAACCGCUACUACUGCGGCAAGUGCCACCUCACCUACCUGAUCAAGAAGGGCGACGGCGACUAGGCACAUGGGCGGCCUGAGGCUAGGGAGGUGGACGGGCCUGAGGCACUGGCAGUCCCGGGGGCGGCCGGACGUGACAUUGCGGGAUGCCCUGCCAGAGCGCCCAUGACCACCGAUGGAGGAGGGAAGCACGCUCACGAAUAAGGAGCAGGAAGGCGGAAGAUGCCCAUCUACGCCCCGCGCCAGCCAUGGGAGUUAGUGCCCCCCUCUGGUGCGCACGAAAUCUGGGUGGCGAACACCCCUGGGGGCACCAGGCACCCUGGCUUGCUGAUUGCUGAUUUCGUCCGCUCUCUCCCGCGCUGCUUCUUCCCGCUGCUCAUCCCGCCCUUGCGCCCUGGCAGGAAGCUGGAUACACUUGAUGCGGCAAGCCUGUGCGAGAGUCAGGUGUGCAUGUGGCCGCAUGCCUAUGCUGUCUGCGUGAACAGCAGCCCUCAUCGCGCGUCGUGUGUACCCUGCGAGUGGCCUCCGCGUGUUCCGCAUGCGAGUGCAGGCGUGUGCGCUCGCGGCUUGUUCCUACACACGUCCCCAUCACCCUUUGAUGUGUUCCCAAUCUCGG